AUGGGAAAAGUGCUGGCCGUUUUGGAGCUUACAUCGGUCCACUUUUUACCCGAUGGGAAAAGACCCAUUUCCACUAAAACCCUAAUGACUAAAACUCAGACAUUUCAUUUUAUUCCUUCUUCUGCCCUCGUUCCUAAUAUUCCUCUCUUCCUCUUUUCUUCCGCCCGCAACCCAGCCGUUCGUCGCCGCCCUCGUUCGCCGCCGCCCUCGUUCGGCCGCCGCCCUCGUUCGGCCGCCGUCCUCGUGUCUUUCGCUCGAUUCGUUCGCCGCCGUCCUCGUGUCUUUCGCCGCCUCCUUUAUUCGCGAAUUCGCCGGCAGCCGUCGGAGGACCGACCUUCAUUCGCUGCCUUCAUUCUGGUACACUUCUUCUUCCCUGAUUCUAAGUUAUUGGCAGAAUCAGUUGAUAAAACUGUGAUACGACUUUUAUGUUUUGUUGUUGUUUUGGAUUCUGGAAAGAAAUAUGUGUUUCUUGUUUCUUGUUUCUUGUUGCUUGUCAACGCCUCAUAUCCUUACGUGCUUGCUUAUAUAUACAUCAUUCACCAUAAAAUACAUUUCAAUAUUCAAUUCCUCUUAAACUCUUCUAUCAAACUUGAACAAAUUUCCGAAUUUUUCAGCAUCUAUAUCGCACAAGCACAACGCCGCAACCGUAGCAGAAGAUGUUGUUGCUGCCUGUUCAGCUUAAUUUGGAAGCUCCUCGUAGCAAUAGUUUUCAUCGUUGCUCUUAUAUUCCUUGUUUUGUUCCUUAUCAUCCAACCACAAUCCUUCAAAUUCAGUGUCAAAGAAGCCAAACUCACUCAAUUCAACUACCCCACCAACACCAACACCCUCCACUACAACCUCGUACUCAACUUCACGGCACGUAACCCAAACAAAAAACUCAACAUCUACUACGAUGCAAUUGAAGGACAUGUAUCCUACAAAAGAACCAGGUUUGCAUCAACGGAUGUAAUAACAUGGUUAAAUUCUUUCCGUCAAUACACGAAAAGCUCGAGCCCUAUGAGUGGUGUUUUUUCUGGGCAACGUGUGAUGGUUUUUGACCAUGAUCAGGUUUCUGAUUUUCAACGUGAUAAGAACGAUGGAGUUUUUCAUUUUGAUGUGAAAUUAUACUUUACGAUGAGGUUUAGGCUUGGGAAUUUUAUUUUUCCAGAUAUUAAGGUUCCAGAUAUUGAUGUUCCUUUUGCUUCUAAUGGGACUAAGCUCAUGAAUUCAUUUGAACCCACCACAUGUGAAGUUAAUUUUUAAAUCACCUAUUUGGAUGAAUUUUUGUGUUUGUGUUUUUUUUUUCUUUUUGGUUAUAUUUUGGAUUCAUGAAAACAUUUUCAUAGAUUGUGUAAUUUUUUACCCAUGUAGAUACGAAUUUAACCAUGUAGAUACAGAUAUAAUUCUGGAUUAUAUACGUAUUUCAACUGAAUGAUAAAUUUAAUUUUGGAUAUUAUAGGUAGUUGAAUGAUAAAUUCAACGGAGUUUAUUUUUUAAACAAUUAUGUGAUGGAUGUGAUGGAUGAACUCGGUCUCUAAUGUUUUUAUUUACAGAAAUUUAAAUAUGAAGGUGGAACUUUCAAUUAAUAAUUUAUUUAUUUUUUACAAAAAAAAACUUUAUUUGCUUUCAUUAAUCAAAUAUAAAGUGAUACAAGGAGGAAUCUCAUCAAACAUACAAUAUCGAGUCCAAGAAUUGGCCGCCUUGACUAAGGUAUGGGCAACCAUAUUUAUUUGAUGUUUUAUAAACUUAACAUCGACAAUACAUUUAAACAAACCAAUAGGAGGCAGACUCCAAUUAACCAACUCCAUGUUAUCACCUUGUGUUUUCCUUAGAUUUUGGGCUAAAAACCAAUCUUGCCACUCAUGGAAGGCUAGCUAACCAAGCUUAGAUGCAUCUUCUGUUAGAACAAGAUUUGGUUCUGCUAUAUAUCUCUGAGUUUUGAUGAUACAAUGAGUAUGUUUGUAUGAACAAUUUUGGUACUCUAAUGUCUGUUGCUUUGAGCUUUUAACAAACAAGUUCUGAAUCUGAUGAAAGGUGUGGCCAACACAUAAGAAGAUACCAAGUUCCGCUUCUGCACUACACAAGUUCUGAUGAACAGUAGCAAACCACUUUAGAAGACUCUGAAGUUGUGACUCUGAUAUUAAGUCUGAAGAAACCAAUCUAAAGACCAAGUGCUUAAGACUCUAAAGACACUGUUCUGAAGACUCUGAAGACUUGAAGCUCUGAAGAUUUAUGUUUCUAAAGACAAAGGGUGUUGAAGACCAAGUGCUGAAGACUUUGAAGACGUAGUUCUAAAGACUCAGAAGACUUAAAGUUCUGAAGACCCAAGGAUUAUUUUCUUUCUUCCAACUCAUGCGGUCAGCCUCUGAAGAUCAAAAAGAAUAUAAGAUAACGAUAUGUAAUACAUAGUACGUGGCUCAAAAUGAAUGUUUAGCUCCACUGCCAUGAAAAGGACGGACGCGUUGUACGAUCUUGUC